AUGUCUGACCUCAAGGAAAAGCCGCGCGCCAGCGCCAGCGCGGACGGCGUCGACCAGGUGCCCGUCCUCACUGGCGGCGCUGAGCCGCCGCAGCAGCAGCGCACAUGGAAGAGCUACGUGUGGUCCUCACUCGACGUGUCGAAGGAGGAGGCACGCUUCCUCACCAAGCUCGACAUCACCCUCAUCUCGUCCGCCGCGCUCGGCGUCAUGAUCCGCUACCUCGACCACUAUGUCUUUGGCCAGAUCCCCUCCAACCUGAUCCUCACGCGCGUCAACGCGUCGUACUACAUCGCGUUCCUCGAGCUGGGGUGGACCAUCGCGACCUUCUGCACGGCCGCCAUCAAGAACACGAACCACCUGUACGCGGUGCGCUUCAUCGUCGGGCUGUUCGAGGCCGGCCACUUCCCGGCAGUGAUGUAUGUCUGCAGCUCGUACUACAAGCCGCACGAGCUCGCGCGCCGCAACACCCUCAUCCAGAUCUGUACCCAGGUCGGGCCGCUCUUCUCUGGCUUUUUGAUGGCCGCGAUUUAUUCGGGGCUCAACAACCGCCUCGGCAUGGCAGGCUGGCGCUGGCUCUUCAUCAUCUGUGGCGUCAUCUCCUUCCCGUGUGCCGUGUGGACGGCGAUCGCGAUGCCCAAGCUCCCCUCGCGCGCCAAGGCCAACUGGAUCUUCACGCAGCGCGAGGUCGAGCUCGCGCGUGAACGCAUGCCGAGCGAGACUAAGAUCUACACCGGCCUGUUUAAGUGGAAGGACAUCUACCGCUGGCACAAGACGUGGCAUGUGUGGCUCUUCCCGCUCUUCUUCAUCUUCGCGUGCCAGUUCGGCCAGGCUGGCGGCUCGAUGAUCUUCUGGGCGAAGAGCUACAACGUCAAGGGCAAACCCCCGGUCUUCACCGUCCAGCAGAUUAACCUCAUCCCCCUUGGCAUGAACGUCAUCGGCAUUAUGCUUGGCCUCUUGGCCUCCUGGAUCUCGGACGGGCUGCCAGGAGCCCGUAGGUGGCCGAUUAUGGCCUUCACAAGCGUCAUGGCCAUCAUCUUCUCCAUCUCGCUCGCCGCGACGCCCGUGCACCCGCCACACAAGGCACAGCGGUGGCUCCUUUACUACCUCACCCCGCUUGCCGGAUGCUCCGCUGGCGUGACAUGGACGGCGGUCAACGAGACCUCGCGGGGCGACCCCGAGAAGCGCGCGUACGUCUCGGCAGCGAUGAACGCCCUCGCGUACAUCUUCAUUGCGUGGCUGCCGAUCUUCACCUUCCCGACCUACAAGCAGCCGUACGUCUCGACAGGACUGUACAUCACCGCCGGGUUCGGCCUGUGCGCCGUGCUUGUCGCGCUGGCGAUCGCGUACUUUGAUGAGCGGGAUCGGAGGCGCGCAGCGUCUGCCAAGGACGCCGAGGCGCGCCAGGUUAUCGACUCGGAUGGCGAGUCGAAGUAG